CAUUCCUGGCGCGGCCGGGCCUCCCUCCGGGCAGGGUUUGUUUGCCGGAGCCCCGGAGACGAUCCCGGCUCCCCUCGCAGCCAUGGAGGGGGCGGCGGCCGGGGACCCCCGCGGGCUCGGGGACCCCCCAGCAGGGACCGUCCUUGUCCCACGCAGGCUCCUCGCCGCGGGAUCGCCGCCCGGAGCCGCCGCGGUGUCCCGGCCGCCGGUGCUGAUCGUGCAGCAGCUCCCGGGGCCCGGGGCCGCUCCCGGGACACCGCCCGUGCGGGGAGAUUUGAUGGAGCUGAUGCUGAUUCAAACCUCCCAAAUGCACCAGCUGCUGAUGCACGGCCUGGCCAUGGCAGCUCUGAUGCCCCUCGGUGUGGGGCCAGCCCCAGCCCCAGCCCCUGCCCAGGGCCAGGAGGGAGAGGAGGAAGAGGAGGAAGAGGAAGAAGCGGAGCCCGUGGUUUUCCACCAUCACUACGUGCCCUGGCCCGCGCCCCGCCCGGUCCCGGUGCGGCUCCUGCGCUCCUCGCCCGGGGACGAGCGAGCUGUGCCCCCCCCGCCGCCCCCCAGCGCCACCGGCACCGUGGGACCCGGGGUGCCCCCGGCCGCGGAGUUCUACAGCGCGGAGGAGCGGGGGCUCUGAGCUCUGCCCCCGAGGAUCCCGCAUGGAUGCUCCACGAUUCCCACGCUCCUUUUGGGGUGGUUUCCCCCUGUGGCCCCCCAGAGCAGAGGUGUCACAGCCCUGUCACCAGUCCCAGUGACACCCCGAGCCCAGCUGGGGUGGCACAGGCUGUGCUGUGUCCCCCGGUGGGGACAGGGGGAUGUCCCCAGCCCAGGUGGUCCCAGCCUUCAUUAGCGCCUCCAGCUCUCCGUGCAGCAUCGCCUGUAAUUAAUUGUCUUUGUUCAGAGAGCGCCCUGCUCGCUCUAAUUAAGCGUCUGUAAUUACACGG